AUGAUAGCAUCGAGCUUGUGUUAGAGAAGGAUAAUGAUAGGCUGAAGUUGAAUGAAUUUAUGUCGGUCUAUUUAGUAGCGCGUCAAUUUGGCGCGAGAAAGGUUGUGAGGAAGAUACUGCUCCGAUGACACGAAAAGCCCGCGAAUCGCGAUACUAGUGCAUUUGAUAUGUUUAGUUUUUGUUGAACUUUUUUUUUAUAAAUGAGAUAUAAAUAUUACUUUUACGAGUAAGGUGUUUGUGCCUUAUGUGAAGUUAUUAAUUAAAAGCAUAGAUGGCUGAUUAUCUUUAGGACUGUGCACACAAUCAUGCAAUCAUGAUGACAAGAAGAUUGCGACAAGUAGCGACGAGCCGUUGGUGGACGACUAGGUUUAUUAUCGCUGUCACUUUGGCUACCGCUAACUGUCAAGACAUAUCGGCGUGUUGCGAUAAAGCCGUUGGGACGUGUCGGAGUGUGUGUGAAAAGAUGUCGCUGGUGGAGAUGGCUUCCGAUUCUGCAAUGCGGGAAGAGAGAAUAGAAAACAUUUACAAAUUCUGCGCCCCUCAUUUGAUAGAGUUCUGGAUAUGCAUGAAUCAGACAAUACAAGAGGUGGUAUCACGGUCUGGUUGGUGGGGGCGCGCGUGUUGUGCUUUAGGUCAUUCGGCCAAGUGUCGUAGAGCUUGCGCCACAGCCUCUGAUGCGAGUGCUCUGUCUGAACCGUGCAGAAGAUCGGAUGAAAUAAACUUCUUCGACUGCGUGCAGAAGCAGCAAGAGGGACAGUGGUGCUGUUCUCAAACACGGUCAAUAAGCUGUCACGAAGCGUGUCAGAAAGCUGUGUGGAGGGUCGGUCAGACCAGAGCUGACAGUGGCGCCAGGGAGAAGGCCGCUGAGUUGUGCGAGCAGUCACCAGCGUUGCUGCACUGCUUCCGAGAUCUGACAGCAUCCACUGUCCACACCGACACUUCUAAAUAUUUACCAUGCUGCCACGAAUCUCCAAGUCAAGAGUGUCGUAGUACCUGCGAAACAGUGCUCAGAAGAACGGGGGAGUCCCAGGAAAUCGCGGAGGCGUUGUCCCAGGAAUGUGGUGCUCCCGCGAUCCACGAUGGUAUGUGGCAGUGUUUCCUAAGAAAAGACGCGCCUCCAGAAACCAAAGACGUUAUUCCACAUGACGUAGCAAAACUUCAUUGUUGUCAGAAGGGCGCUACGAUUAAUUGUAGAAGACUAUGUUUCUAUACAUUUAACAACGGCUGGCAUUUAAAUUGGCAGAAAUUCUAUUCUGAAUGCCUCGGAGAUCCACAGGAAACGGAAAUGGCGGAAUGUAUAGAAGAAGUCGAGGCUCCGUGUUCCUUGGGCUGCGCCGGCCUUACAUACUGUAGUCAACUCAACAAUCGCCCGACCAGUUUGUUCCGAUCGUGUUCAGCUCAGGCUGAUUUGGACGCACAUUUGGCCGUCGCCGAGCAAAAGGCUAGUGGGGACGUCACUGUGGCAGGGUUACGUUUACCGUUGAAGAAUUCUUCCCAGUGUACUACAGAUAUCUGGAAGAGCGUCGCUUGUGCUCUUCAUGUGAAGCCCUGUACACUAAAGGGUCACAGUAGCCUGUUGUGUGCUGAGGAGUGUCGUCGCCUGGUCUCCUCAUGUGUGGAGUGGUCUCGAGCCCCGCUGUCAGCCGCCGCGCUCUGUGCUAGACUAGCGCCAGCUCGCCCUGACGCUCCAUGUGUGUCACUGGCCGAGUUCCUUACAGCCAGUCCCGAACCGCCUUUACUAUCAGCUACGGAAAUGGUCACUUCCCCAUGCGCUGGUUCUCCCUGUAACAGUUCCCAAGUGUGUGUCAUCAACAGAAGUUGUAUUCGAGGAGGAUCUUGCUCAAAGUAUACAUGCAUUGACGGAUGUCCGCUAGGUGAUGGUAGCCCAUAUGUGGUUCCCGUCGGUUCCUGGGUGAGGGUGCCCAUGCCCUGUGCUGCACAGAAGGUCUGCAUCAAGAUUUGCCGCUGCGGUAACAAGGGGCUGUCAGACUGCCAGCCGUUACCCAGCGUCGCCCUUGAUAAUUGUCGAUUGCAUGAUAAAGUGGUCAAGCAUGGUGACAAGUACUACAUGGAGUGCAACCCAUGUGUGUGUGUGUCUGGUGAGCGUGUGUGCGCUCGUCGAGCGUGUGGUCGCGCGGCGCUACUGACGGGUUUGCCCUGUAACUGUCCCCCUCACCAUCUUCCAGUGCGAUCGCCAGGAAGGCUCUACCCUAAUGCCUGCUUGGCCAAAUGCGCGGGCGCGACGGACGCUGAGAUCGAAUUCGGUUCGGGAGGUGUUUGUUCUGGCGGCGAAUGUUCGCGGCUCGCGUGUCUCCCCGCUCGCUCCGUCUGCCUCUCGCGCUUACAGACAGCGUGUCCGCAGCACGUGUGCGUGAGUACAACCAACUGCCACACCCAGCCGCUGUCGCCAGUGUGUGACACGGACGGACAUUCCCACUCCAAGCCCUGCCAGCUCAUCAUGAGUGGUCGCCGGUUUGCCUACUGGGGACAAUGUUUACAGGGAUGUUCAUCGAGCGGAACAGUUUGCGGAGUCAAUGGCAUCACCUACAGCUCUGAAUGCGCCGCGUGGUCGGAAUACGUCAGUGUGGACUACAACGGAGCUUGUUUUGCUGUUGGUCCCAUAUCAGACCUCAUGGAGCCAAAAUGUCAGUUCGACAGAAUAAUGUGCCCUCCAUUGAAGAAACCGGAUUGUCUCGGAUAUACUGCCCCUGGAGCGUGUUGCCCGAAAUGCGGUGGAGCUUUGAGAAUAUUAUACUCUAAAAAACAAAUCGAUAGAGCGCUUUAUGGGACCAAUAUAUCGGCUUCCGUUAUAAACCUGCACAAUGUUCUGUCGGCUCUGGACAGGCAUGUCAAAGUGGCUGAAUGCGCUUUAAGGGGCUAUCUUACCAUCGAAAUGGAGAUUUUCGUCACCAUCGAAUCAGUAUUGAAGAAUCCGACCGACCUGCAGCUGAACGUCUGUGUUUUGGAAGCGGAAAAACUUGCUGAUCUCAUAAACCGGGAGAGUGCUCUUAUUUCUAGUGAUUUAGGCUUGAGUGCGUUGUCGUACGCCUUGAUAGUGCACACACAUCCGUCUCAGGGCGCGUCCGUUGUGAGUUUGUCGUUGGCCAUAAUAUUAUCGUACACAGUAAUUUUCGUUCUGAGGUAGACGUUUGUAGUUAUGUAUAUAGUAUUACUUAGCUGUUUGUAAAUAGUUAUUGUAUAUAUGAAACGUUGUUUACCAAAUAUAUUAGAGUUACGGUAUUCUAUGCUUUGGUUUGCUUUACCUCAGGCACCGUCGUUGUUGUAGAUUGAUGUUGUGAGUCAUGUGCCAUGUAGUAUAUACUUAUGAAUUAUUUAAAUAUUGUAUGAACAAACGAUAGACUGAUAAGAAACUAAAAGACAAUGUACCGAGUAGUCCUUGUACCAAAAAUAUUGAAAGUUUUUAUUUUGUUUUGUUGGCGUACGUUUCUAUGGGCGAGUUUUGAAAUAUAUUUAUAUAUAGGCAAUGCAAUAAAACGAACGAUCAUGA